ACAUAAAUUCCUUUCUAUUCUGUGGUGCGCUGUCAAGCCUAAAAUUUUAACUACCAUUUGUCAACGUUGUAAUAUUCUCAUUCUUACAAAAAUCAUUCUUUCAUUCAUUCUAGAUGAAAAUAAAGAAACAAGUUUAAGUUUGUUACCUACAAUUUCUCAAUUUGAAAUUAGAUAUACGUUUUAAAUUGACAGAAAUCAAUAUCACUGUGCUAAAGUGCUGAUUUCAAAGAAAGAUAAGAUAAAACAUACGAUGGUGAUGUCACGAGAAACAAGUCUACAUUAAACAUUCAAAACUAAUUUAAUUUGUUUUCACAACUUUUUGUUUUGAAAUAGAAUUCUUGUGAUUAACAACAAUAGAAUACAAGAUAAAUUGUAAUCGAUUUCGGAACUAACAACUAUCAAAGGGGAAAUCUUGAGAAAGUUUUUUUAAUUUAUGGGACGGAAGUUAACAUAAAUUCGGAAGACACACUUUACCUAGUUCACUCCUAUCGAGCCACACUACUACAUCGUGACAUUCUGUGGCAGUAUUAUAUGUAGGCUGAAACGUGAGUUGGGAACGCGAGAGUGGGAGCGGCAGGACAUGGUGCGAUGGCGUCGCGGCGCGUGACGCGCAAGUGGGAAGUGUUCGCGGGGCGAAACCGGUUCUGGUGCGACGGGCGGCUCAUGACUGCACCGCACCCCGGCGUCUUCCUGCUCACACUGGCGCUCAUCUGCGGCACGUGCGCGCUGCACUUCGCGUUCGACUGUCCCUUCCUGGCCGUGCGCGUGUCGGCCGCCGUGCCCGCCGUGGGCGCCGCGCUGUUCGUGCUGACGCUGGCGGCGCUGCUGCGGACCGCGCUGUCCGACCCGGGCAUCAUCCCGCGCGCGGCCACGGCCGAGGCGGCGGCCCUGGAGGCUGCCGAAGCGGGUCGGCCUCCGCCGCGCGCGCGGGAGGUGCUCGUGCGAGGCCGCCCCGUCAAGCUCAAGUACUGCUUCACCUGUAAGAUGUUCCGACCUCCGCGCGCGUCGCACUGCUCACUCUGCGACAACUGCGUGGACCGGUUCGACCAUCACUGUCCGUGGGUGGGGAACUGCGUGGGCAAGCGCAACUACCGGUCGUUCUACACGUUCGUGGUGUCGCUGUCGUUCCUGGCGGUGUUCGUGUUCGCGUGCGCCGUGACGCACCUGGCGCUGGCGGCGCGGGGCGCGGGCGUGGCGGCGGCGCUGCACGCGUCCCCCGCCUCGGCGCUGGUGGCCGCCGUGUGCUUCCUGUCCGUGUGGUCCGUGCUGGGGCUCGCCGGCUUCCACACGUACCUCGCCUCCACCGACCAGACCACCAACGAGGACAUUAAAGGUUCAUUUUCGAGUCGGCGCGGCGUGUCCAACCCGAACCCGUACUCGCGAGGUAACGCCUGCGCCAACUGCUGGUACGUGCUGUGCGGUCCGCUGGCGCCCAGCCUCAUCGACCGGCGCGGCGUGUUCACGAUCGACGUGAAGGACGAGCUGCCGCCGAGCUUCGUCCGCGCGCUGGGAGCCGUGACCGUGGCCCCGGCGCCGGGCGGCGGCGCGGAGCCGGCCCGCCACGCCUACAUGAACAGGUCGCUGGACGUGGAGCCGGCGGGGGCGGGCGCGGGGGCGGGGGCGGGCGCGGGGGCGGGGGGCGCGGUGGCGCUGAGCGCGUCCCGGCUGCGGCUGCUGCACGACACGACCAUGAUCGACGCGGCGCUGGACCUGGACGAGCCGGAGCCGCCGCCGCACCUGUCCGUGGCGCUGCCGCCCCUCCCCCCGCACCCGCUCACCGACUGCAACUGAACACAGCGAUCAAUAAAUACGUGAUAUUGUGGAUUUCUA